UUUAAUCCCUGCGUCUGAACGAGCGUCCUGUUGUACCUUCUCUAUUUAGAAUAUGCUACACGUGUGUGUCUCAAAAAAAAAUUGCUCUCAGAAACAAUGGCUUUUAGCAGCUUACCUCUUUCUUACAAAUCUUUGCAGGAGAAUAUUUCGUCCAUGUACAAGAAAAGCAUGAAUCCCUUCUCCUUCAGGAAAAUGGAAGAAGAGACAACAGAGCAGAGAUGUGCAAAACAGCAAUCUGAGAAUCUGAAAUGGCAGCAGGAUAUGUUCCAUAAGAUCUUGAAAAUGUCUGGACUACACAGUGAAGGCAUUAUAUCAGAAAAGGAGCUGAGUGCUGCUAGAUCUGAAUUGUUGGAUACCCUUAUUGCCUCCCCUGAAGAUGGAGAAUGGCCUGCAAUAACCAGGGACAAGUUACUAUUUCUACAGGAACUUUUUUACUCCAAAUGUAUUUCGGAAGAAGAUUACCAUCUUUCAAAGAAGCCUCUUCUGCUUCGUCUAGCAGUACAAGGGGCGGAGAUUGACUCCAGGGAUGUAUUAUUGAGAGGCAACUCCACACCCUAUGCCCCAUUUACUGUAAGCACUGAGCCUGAUGAUGCCUUGCAAGCAUGGCCAGAAUCCUUGAACAACCAAGCAACAGAGUGGUCGGUGGUGGAGUUCAAAGAGGACCAAAGCAUGUUGAAGGAUAUGCCAGCCCAGAACACAGGUCAUCACAGCAAACAGAAAUCUCCUAUGAAACAGGUCAUAAAUGCAAUAUCUCGCCUCAGCUUAACUCCUUACAAAGCAAAAAAGUCCAAGGACAAGCACCAAUAUGUAACUGUUCCAGAUUCUCUAGAUCUUCUAAGUCCCAAGGAUUGCUGUCCUGCAAGGAACACUUACACAUCGCCGAUUAAAGAGGGUUACAAAGGGCAGGACAUAUAUAUAAACCCCACUGAAUCAUUCAGUGAAAAUCCCUUUUGGCAUGUAGCUGGGUUGCUUGAUGCUCCUGAAGCAGCAGCGAAAAGAACUUCAGAAGAACCAUCUCUUCUCGAGCAGACAUGUCAUAAAAAGGGGGCUACUAAAGGCAAAGUUAAGAAGGCUUUUAAUCAGCUGCUACUUAGAGCUAAUAAAGACCAAUCUAAAGAAAGCCAAACAGAAGCUUCACACUCAUUUCAUAUCAGUGGUUCUGACUCUGAGAAUGAUGAGCAACGGUUGAAUCCAGUGAAGAAAACAUGGGGAUUAGACUUGUUCAAGUCUCCAAAGAAGAUCGACACUACAGGAGAGAUGCCACAUCUUCCCCUUAUUGGUAAAAGUUCAGAGGAGUCUCUAUCACAUUCCAACUUAGUAGUGAAACCUUUUGGAAAAGGGACAAAGACAAACAAGAGCAGGAAAAAGAAACGUUCAGAUGGUGCAGCAACAGACUCAUCUAUUGACAAGGUUUUGGGGGAAAACAUAAAGAAUGAAUUGUCACGUAUACGUGCUGAGAUGGGUACUACAAAUCCCAGCCCAAAUUUUACAAACGAACAGAUUGAGGCCAUUGCAACACAAUUGCCUGUUGACAAAAAUGAACUGACAAAGUUUUUCCCUAAGUCUUGGUGUGAUCGGUAUGGUGAUGUUGUAUUGGAUGUGGUUAAGGAGGAGUUCCAACAUCAUGUUGGGGGAAUGGAGAAUAUGCGCAGAACUGAUCAAGAGAGGUUUAACAAUACUGCUAGAAAAGGGGAUCUAGAAGAUCGGGAUGUGAAUUGUCCAGUUACCAACAAAGCUAGACAACGAACUCCCAAGAGUAUGUCAAGUGAUAGUGUGAAUGGGUCCUUAAAUAUGCAAGAUGAGAACUCCCAGCCCAACAUCUCAGCCUUCAGUUGCCACCAAUCAAAGUCACCUUUUCCAUUUCAUUCUCCAAUUUCUAAACCAUCUUCUCGUUUAAACCAAGCUCCUCAUCCUCCAGCUAAAUCACCUCCUCCUUUUAACCAUAUUGAAAAUCGUGAGUCUCCAUCAUCACCAUUCUUCCAGUAAAAUUCUUAGGACCAUCUUCACGAGAGUCCUUGGAAAACCAGUUGAACGAGAAGCUUGAAGCAGAGGCUAAAAGGAUGUUUGCAAGGAAGUCUCCCUCAUUUGUGUACUUACAUUUCAUCAUUAUGAUAUGCUUAGCUGUUUUCUUUGUUUUAUGACAAGCUAUGAAUGCUGAUUAUUAUAAUUUUAUUCAUUGUGGUGCUACAGAGCUUUCUGUUGCAUCAGAAUUUAAUAAAAGCACCAGUAGCAAGUUAUCAGGA